CUCUUGCGAAGCGCGGUGGAUCGGCUUCGUCAAUGAUUGACGAGAGCCACGGCGAAUUUCGUGGAAAGCAAUAAAUAUUGCUUCCAUGGAACUUCUCAAGCUGCCUGGCGACCGAGGACAGCAGUAUCAUCCAGCACUGUGCCGAGCAUCAUCGAAAUCAGGACAAAGCAAAGAUGACGUAGCAUGACCCGCAUCGGUCCCAAGGGCGGCGUAAUCACAUCAACAGGAAUGACUUGGAGGAAUGCAGCUUGCAGUACUUCGAAGGUUGCGAUUGUGUCGGACACUGGUGACUCGAACAGAUCUUCCUUGACCGCUGCCCACGAAAUAUCACAUGCGCUCGGAUCUGCCCACGACGGAAAAGAAGCAUCCAAAGGGUGUCCAGAGAAGGAUCGUCACCUAAUGAACCCCUAUCAUGAAGUGAGGAAAGAAACGUACUCAGAUUGCAGCCGAAAAUCCAUCAAUAAAUUUUUGAAGAACGCCAAAGCUCUCUGCUUGUUCGGAGACGUAGACAUCAGCCAACCUGAAUUGGGAACAAGGCUUGAAAACAAUCUACAACUUAAGCAUCUAAGGUCUGAAGCCUGUCAAAAUCUCAUGAGUGAUGGCCAGUCAAUCCUGCGCAUUGAAACUGAGGCACCCUGCCAAUUUUCAUGCACCGUUCGCUACAACGAAACCAACACUGGUAAACUUGCAGAUUAUCUUCUUGAUAAAGACGAUACGCCCUGUAACAAUAAAAAUCCCUUCCAGAAAUGUAAGAAAGGAAAAUGCCAGUAAGAAAAAUUACAAAUGCCUUAGAUUUGGGAUGCCGACCUUUGUAUACACAAACUUCAAAUCCUUUUAAUAAAAGAAAUCUUUGCUCCUUCCUUGUCAAGUACUUCAGAAGACUUCUCUGGAAUCCAUAUAACACAUCUUAAUCAUCAUCAGGCAUUUUGAAGCAGUACUCUAAGUGUAUAAUUCCUAAGAUAGAAUUUUUAAUGUGUUUACUGAAUAAUUUUGAU